UCCAUCAUAAAUCUAAAUAAGUAAAAACUAAAUUUAAGGAGGCUGCAGUAUGUCCAUUGUUUUGGUAACAAUCUGAAGGGCAGUUUGGUAAUUUGGACGUUCCUUGCAACCAAACACAACGUUACUAAAGGAUGCUUUUGGCGCAAAUAGCGAAGGGGGGGAGGAGAAUUGAACGUCAACACUUUCUUCAAUUCAAUUCAAUUCAGCCUUGGAUUUGACUCCGCAAAAUGUCACGCGCCACCGCCGCAUUCCGAUUCCUCCUCUGUCUCCUCCUCGCCGCCGCCGUCAACUGCUCCGCCCAGGCAAACUGCAGCCGGACAUGCAUUGCCCAGCAGUGCGACACGAUCGGAAUCAAAUACGGCAAGUAUUGCGGGGUCGGGUAUACUGGUUGCGCUGGCGAGCAACCAUGCGAUGAUCUUGAUGCUUGUUGCAUGGACCAUGACAACUGCGUUGACAAAUUUGGAAUGACUCAUGUGAAAUGCCAUCAGAGAUUAAAGAAUUGCCUAACCAGGGGAUUUAAAUCCGGUAAGGCUGGAUUUUCCUCGGAGUGUCCCGUUAGUAUAGCUGCACCUACGAUGAUAAGAGGCAUGGACUUGGCCAUCUUGCUGAGCCAAUUGGGUGACUCCAUUCAUGAUCUGUAACAAACUGAAUCCCUCUUGGUGUAAUCCAUACUCCUCCCCGGAUUAACAAAUUUCUCUUGAUUCACAUUAAACAAACUUCUCUUGAUUCGGGAAAGUUGAUCUUUAUGAGUUAUGAUUCUGUUGGGCAUCAUUAGGCCACUGUUAUUUAUUUUCUGUGUUCGUGUUUAAUUUAUGAUAUCAAAAAAGAACCCAAUAGUGGUUUUGAACAACGAUGUACUAUCAUUAUUGGAAGAAAUGGCAAAAUUGUUUCUCACAGAA